UUGGUGGGUUUGCUUUGUAGGAGUGUUCGACACAGCGUCUAAUACCACGUCAAACCCAUACAGAAGUCAGUCAAGAACAGAUUUUGCGGCACUCCUUAAAUUCUUCGAUAGCUCACCGCUUUCAUCAAGACUCCAAACCUUCUAUUUGAGAAAAUUAARAUGGCUACUGCUGGAUGGUCAACAACUACAAAAGAAAACACCAACUUUGCUCGAUUGUGUAARYUACUCAUCGAUGGAGGAACUCAUGUCCUUAGAAAGAUCUUUGAUGCCAAACAUCCACCUCACGAUCUAAAGAAGCAUCUGAUGGAUCGCAGAAAUCAUCGUACUUUGAAGAAUUUGAAGGCUACAAACAUACUAAGACGAGAUCAGUGGAGCAAACUUUAYCCAAGUGUAGAUGCUCCAACAUCUGSAAGUUUUGAUAUUACUCUCUUAAGUYUACUGUUGCGCAAUAUCUGCAACUUGCCAACUCCUGCCAAUGGAUGGAUUAACGAGCCUGCAGCGACAAGUAUUAGUCAAGAGGAUGAUAUUGUAAGGGUGAAAUUGUACCGUAACAAACUGGGCCACAUUUCUGAACCAGCGCUAUCAGACGCUGAUUUCAACAAGCACUGGAACGACAUUGAAACUGUUUUGCUAAGACUUGGAGCAGACAUGACAGCCAUUGAUAGUCUGAGAACGCAAUCAAUGGAACCUGAAGAUGAAGAAUACUACAGCGACUGCUUGAAAGAAUGGGCCGAGAACGAGGAAAGACUAUUGCAGGCAAUCCAUGGACUAGAGGAAAAAAUGGAAAACCUUCUAAAGACAUCACCCAAUAGGCCUGUAAGACCAACAUCUGAAGGGUCAUGAAUGAUCAGCGUGUUUACACAGUGAUUUACAAAGAGUUCUGUAGUAUUGGUAUACAAACAGAUGACUAUGGUUGUCAAAAUGGAUGUUCCUCAAUGUAUGUUAAUAAAACUACAACUCCACAGCAGAAUUCUGAUAGCUCAGAAAAUACCUCUCAACUACAAAAUGCAAAUAAUCCUGACAAAGACAUAACAAUGGAGUUUGAAGAUGAGGAAGAACCUGAACAAUCUAGUAUGAACGCAAUUUCAUCAAUAAUGAGAGUUAUAGAAGAGUUAGAAUCGUCCUCUAGUGACACUUUAGUCGACAAUGACAUUGUAGAGGAAGAUGUUAUCAGUAAUAAUGAAGCUGAAGUACAAAUUGAUGAUAAUAGUGG